AUGGACCAAUUCGAGCCUCCGGAGGGUGCCAGAGCACUUUGGAAUGUAGACUUCCCUCCAGUCGUCCAAGACGAUGACAAAAACGACUCCAAAACAAGUCUCGACAUUACAACGCAGAGACUUCUACAAACCGAACAAUCGCAUCCAACCCCAUAUGUGAAAUCAAAUAUAAUUGAUCCAAAAGUAGUAGUCGUCCAUGAUGAUGACGAGAAGCAGCGGAACGGAAUAAUCAAACAUCUCAAACACAAGGAGUUACCACCCAUUGAUGCACUGAACUGGCCAAGAUGGAAGAAGAAUCUGUCAAUGUUUUUGAUAGGGGCAGCAGGUUUCCUAGUACCGUUGGCAACGACUGCAUUUUUACCAGCAUUACUUGCAAUCGAGACGGAUUUCCAUGCGUCAGCAAACGUGGUCAACACGUCCGUGUCAACAUAUAUUCUGAUGGUUGGACUUGGACCUGUUUUACUAGGUCCACUAUCAGAGCGUCUCGGUCGCAGAUUUAUUUAUGUUUGGAGUGUCCUUGCAUACGCAGUGACAUCAAUAGGAUGUGCACUGUCGCCGAAUAUUGCGGCAUUAAUCGUUCUUCGACUGUCGCAAGCCUUCUUUGCAAGCGCUAGUGGUGCUGUUAGUGGAGCUAGUGUUGCAGACAUGUACAGUAUAUCAGAGCGUGGAAGUAUGAUGGGAGUUAUGAUGCUAGGACCGCUCUUAGCACCGGCAAUAGCACCAAGUGUCUCUGGAGCUUUAAGCGAUCACUUUGGAUGGCGCAGCAUAUUCUGGCUCCAGGCGAUACUUGGUGGGAUCGUAUUCGUGCCAUUGCUAUUUUUCUUGCCAGAAUCGUAUCGUCCUCUCCGUGACGAAAAUGGCAAACUGGCGCCCUACAACCCAUUUGCUGCCAUAUUAGUGUUGAAGAAUUUCGCCAUCAUUUGGUCUGCUCUCUACGGUGGAAUAGGUUUUGGCAUAUAUUAUUUGAUAGCAGUGUGUUUACCAGCAACAUAUGCAACUGUGUACGGCUUUACACAAACCCAAAUUGGACUAGCUAUGCUUGGAAACGCAUUGGGCUUUAUUGUUGGAGCACUAGGAGGUGGUAGAUUUACAGACUAUGUUAGAAAGAGGCUUGUGGCACGAAAUAAUGGCAUGAGCCAGCCUGAAUACCGUUUAUAUGCUCUUGGUCCGUCUGUAGUCCUCAUGCCAGUCGGGUUAAUAUGGUUUGGAUGGUCUCUCGAGAAUCAUGCAAACUACGUCGUCCCUCUGAUUGGACUAUUCUUCUCUGGUGCAGCAACCAUGGCCAUAUCAGUGAUAUGUAGUGCAUAUAGUAUAGAUUCUAUGGUCUGGCAAGCUGCCACUGUAUCAGCUGGAGGUGCUAUGCUGAGGAUGCUCUUUGCGGCCGUUACUCCAGGCACGUCCAAUCUCGACAUCGUCUGUGAGCAGUUUGCUCCGCAGAUGCUCGCAGCUUUAGGAAAUGGAUGGAUGUAUACGAUUGCAGCAGGAUUCUACCUCAUUGUAUCGAUUUCCAUACUAUUCAUGAUCAAAAAUGGUCAUAAGUAUCGACCAACUCCACCACCUGGAUGGCCACCGAAAGCAAAAGUCGUUGACCAGGCUAUUGAUCCUCUAGUAAUUCAAGUAGAGGAUGAAACUGACCUGUAA